AUGGAUACCACAUCUUCAUUUAUUAAAUCAGUGACCAAAAGAGUCUGGUCCCCAACACAGCGGCCCUUCAGAGUGUGUUCAAAUGACAGGCAGACCAGGAAGGGAGUCACAGCCGGGACCCUGGAGGAGCUGAAAGAGAGGGUGUGCCAGGCGCUGAUGCUGUCCCUGUCUGCAUUGUCUUCUCUAUCCCUGGUUUGUGAAGAGGACGGGACAGAGGUGGACUCAGAUGAGUUCCUCAUAACCCUACCAGACAACACCAUGCUCAUGGCCCUGGAGCCCGGGCAGGCAUGGAAACCUCAGGCAGGUGCACUUAUGGCCAAAUCUCAUAACAUCGACAAGCCUCGCACCGGGAAGGACAUAGCUCGUGUCACCUUUGACCUGUACAAGAUGAGCCCCAAAGAUGUGUUCGGCUCCCUGAGUGUGAAGGCCACGUUUCAAGGCCUGUACUCGGUCAGCGCUGACUUCCAGUGUCUGGGACCCAAGAAAAUCCUCAGAGAAGCCCUGCGACUCGCCUCAGCCCUCCUUCAGGUAGCCGGACACCUGCUCAUCACCUCCGCCUCCAUGAUACGCCGCAUUAUUGAAGGCGCUGAGCUGUGGCAGCCACAGAGAGCUGAAUACUCCACCACCUGGAACUGA